AACCAUCACUGUUUACGUAAACCAUGAGAGAGAGAGGCCGACAACAUUUGUCCGAAAAGCCCAUUAUCAUCAUCGCCAAUGGCUAAAGCCAGCACCACUCUGUUUGCUCUCUCCUCCUCCUCCUCCAUUCCCACUCGCCUCUCUCUCCCCCGUCGCUCUGAAUCUCUUAAACUCGUCGUGCCAAUGGCUAUGGCCGCCUCCUCUGCUUCCACCGCUAAAAAGGUGGCUCCUGCUGUGAUCGUAGGCGGAGGAAGAGUCGGAAGAGCGUUGCAGGAGAUGGGUAGUGGCGAUGACGUGUUGGUGAAGAGAGGAGAAGCGGUUCCGGUUGAUUUCGAAGGACCCAUUUUGGUUUGUACGAGGAAUGAUGAUCUUGAUGCUGUUCUUGAAGCUACUCCUCAGUCUAGAUGGAAAGAUUUGGUGUUCUUCCAAAAUGGAAUGAUGGAGCCUUGGUUUGAGAGCAAAGGUUUGGGUGAUACAGACCAAGUGUUGGCUUAUUUCGCUGUGUCAAAGCUUGGUGAGCCUCCAGUUGAUGGAAAGACUGACACUAACCCGGAAGGUCUAACUGCUGCUUAUGGGAAAUGGGCUUCUGCUGUAGCUGCAAGGUUGCAGUCUGGUGGCCUCUCUUGCAAGGUUCUUGACAAAGAAUCGUUUCAGAAGCAGAUGUUGGAGAAACUCAUUUGGAUUUGCGCCUUUAUGCUUGUUGGAGCUCGUCACCCAGGUGCAAGUGUGGGCACGGUGGAGAAAGAGUACAGAGAUGAAGUGUCAAGACUGAUCCAAGAACUUGCAGCUGCUGCUGCUGCAGAGAAAGGACUAACCUUUGAAGAGGAUAUGGUGGAGAGACUGUGCGCUUAUUCUCGAGCUGUUGCUCAUUUCCCAACCGCUGUUAAAGAAUUUAAAUGGAGGAAUGGUUGGUUUUACUCGCUCUCAGAGAAAGCUAUUGCAGAAGGGAAACCUGAUCCAUGUCCGCUCCACACCGAAUGGCUGAGAGAGCUUAAAGUGAUAUAGAGCAAGCAAGAGCCUCCUGUGCUAUUUGCGAGAGUGUAUGGAUCAUAUGAGUUGUAACGAUCAUAUUUAAUUAAGCGUUGUAAUUUUAUUUUCUAGCGCUUAUAAAAUGAACAAAUUAUAAUUAA